AAUUUUUGUGCAGGCACUAGGGGGCUGUCUAUGCGGAAGUUAAAAAGCAACCGAGCUUCUUCCUGAAAGUAGUGGGACUAGACUGUGUAAAUUAUAUUUCUUAUUGAGUGAUCAAAGCAAACAUGUCGAAGAACACGGUGUCCGAUCGAUUCAGAAAGGUUGAUAUAGAUGAAUACGACGAAAACAAGUUUGUCGAUGAAGAGGAUGGCGGAGAAAAUCAAAUAGGUCCGGACGAGUCAGAGGUGGAUUCUCUCAUCAGAUCAGGUAACCUGAUGGGGGCUUUGCAGGCAGUACUGAAGAAUCCACCAAUCAAUACUAAGAACCAGAAUGUAAAGGACCGGGCUGAAGGCCUUGUGUUGAAAGUGCUCAGCUCUUUCAAGGCUAGCGAUAUAGAAAAGGCUGUUCAAUCUCUGGAUAAGACUGGAGUUGAUCUCCUCAUGAAGUACAUCUACAAGGGCUUUGAAAAACCCUCGGACAAUAGUAGCGCCAUUCUGCUUCAGUGGCAUGAAAAGGCUCUCUCAGCAGGUGGGGUUGGCUCCAUUGUCAGAGUCCUCACAGCUAGGAAAACCGUGUAGACUUCACCAUCCUUAUACUGUGGCAGGAUCAACAAAGGGACUGGCUGGCACAACCCCUUGUGGUCUGGUUUCUGCCCUUUCUGCCAUAUUGUGGAGGGUGUUCAGUCAGUCACCUUUUUUAAAUGAUCAAACUUUACACUCUCAUUUGAAUUUUUUGCAGUGAUAUGCACCUUGGACCAUAUAUUAAUAGAAAGGUUAUAAGAAAUGUUGUUGUUGACCUCAGCAGAUAGUAAGCACAGAUGUUUCAGCUGUUAUCAAAGGAUUUGUUACUUGUCUGUUUCACUCCUCAACAGAGCAGAUCAAACAGUACAAUGUAAUAGCAUUUUGAAUCAUGAUAAGAUACUGCGGAGUCUAUUGGUAAUUUUUUAGAGCUGCUCUGUGAAACAUGCCAACAUCAGUAUUCAGCUGCUCAGUUAAUUUAAUGACACAUGCUGUAUUCAUUACCACAAUUUCUUUUAAAUUUAGAUGUUAGUUUUAGGGUGCAGCCUUAACGCCUAUGCAUUUAGGCAAGAGGUUGAUUUCUUCCUCAAUUUAUUGUCUUCAGAGUGAUUAUUUUCCUUCCUCAUGCAGCUGUUAUGAUAAAUUCAUAUUGUUUAAUAUCACACAGGAUUACCUAUUUGAAAAUACAAAAAAAACUUUUUUAUUGUCACAAUUGUGGAAUAAUAAUAGUGUGCUUUUGUACGCUUUACAAAAACAAUGGAUUUAAAUGUUUAUAGUGUUUAGUAUUAUUAAAAUGUACCAUGUCACAUCAUUUUUAACAUCAUUUAAAGUUAACAUUAUCAACAAUAUUUCUCAACAUGUACUUUGACCUCAGACAUUGUAUAUCAGGUGCUGUUGAUAUAAAUAACUUCCGAGACGCACAACGUUUGUGCACUUUCCACCAAACACAGCAGCAAGCUGAUAACGCUUUACGCUGUGAGAAACAUGAGUGCUGAUUGUGCUUCCACUGUGGUAUACUUUUUUGCCAAAUUUGAAGCCAUACAUAAGCAACCCAAGGAAGUUUUUAGUGAAUGUUGAGUUUGCACCACACCAGUCACUCAUUUGAUUAAGUGCAAAAUUAUCAACUAGUUUACCAACUGCCUUAUAAAAACUCAUUUUGUAUUGUAUGGUUCUUUUGAGAAAUAAAUUAAAUGUCUUUCAAA